GGGAGGUCGUCCCUCGUCCCGGCCCCAAGGGAGUUCGCGACCCGGAGGCUCCUCCUCUGGUCCCCGAGGUUCCCGACCCAAGCCAGGCCGAGACUCCCCGCGAGUAGACGGCGGAGGCUCCUCAGGCCCCCGUGACUUCCCUCGAAAUGAUGACGGGCCGCGCGACCCUUCCCGAAACGAUCGUGGUCCUUCCCGGUCCCGCGAAGAGUCGCCCUCGCGUCCCCGAGAAUCCUCGCGGCCUCGAGACCGAGACCGUGAGUCCUCCUCUUCCGGACGUCGUCCCCGACCCGACGACGACUCCCCGCCGCGACGUCAGGGCAGUCGUGACGAGGAAGGCUUCCCUGGCGGACCCGAGUUUUCCCGAGGCACCCCCACUUCCGGUCAUCGUUCCCGACACGACGACGACUCCCCACCGCGACGUCAGGGUAAUCGUGACGAGGAAGGCUUCCGUGACAGACCCGAGUUUUCUCGAGGAACCCCCACUUCCGGUCAUCGUUCCCAACACGACGACGACUCCCCACCGCGACGUCAGGGAAGUCGUGACGAGGAAGGCUUCCUUGGCAGACCCGAGUUUUCCCGAGGCACCCCCACUUCCGGUCAUCGUUCCCGACACGACGAUGACUCCCCGCCGCGACGACGCCCGGGCACUCGCGACGAGGAAGGCUUCCGGGGCCGACCAGACUUUUCCCAUGGCAACUCCCCUUCCGGUCACACUCCCAGAGGCCCUAAUCGUCCCGAAGAAUUUCCUCACCACGAAAGCGUACCCGGUCCCGAGGACUUCGCAGUGCCCGCUGGUCACCGGCAGCGCCCACGAGGCAACUCGCGGACGCAAGGCUUCCAAGGACCCGAGCAAUUACUCGCUCCCCAACAGUCCCGUGGCCCCCAGCGCUUUCCCGAAGGCCCCCAGCGUAACACUGGUCCCGAGCAGUUUCCUGAUCCUGAGCGCUUGCCUGUUCCUGACCGACAAUCGUACCCGCUUGACCAAGGGUACAAUGGAGGUUCCCUGGAGUCUUCGCUUCCCGAGCAGGUGUCGCGCUCCCAGGAGUUCCCCCGUCGCCAGGUGUUCCCAGAGGGCUCCGGACUUGGCCUCGGUGGACUCCCUGGCCCAGGGCGUGGGUGAGGUGGUGCGCCGCUGCAACUACGUGCGCUCCUUCGCCGACUGGCCGAGGCACAGCCGCGCGUGCGCGCCCGUCUGGAACGCCUUCGUGGACCCGCUAGGCCUAACGGCGUCCCAGCCGCUCGUGCUGGCGCCGCCCUUCUACGAUAACCCGGCCGCCGGCUACUACCAGCUAGUCGGCUACGGAAAGAAGAAGAAGAAGUGAACGCGUCCCCCCUGCGUCUAGUGGUCACACCACUAGUGGUCGCUGGUGGUCACACACACCGCUAGUGGUCACACCGUCUGCACCCACGUCACCGAUUGCACCCUCGCGCGAAAUCUUUUUUUGCUGAUUUUCAUUGUGUACAGUGUAAUGUGCGUCUUUCUUUUGUUUGUUUGUUUUGUUUUAAGUAGCACAGUACGGUUCAAUGUUAAAGGGCACACCUCAUCUGUAUUCAGCCAUCGAUAACCGGCUGGUGUGGAAGCCUACGAACGAGCUUUUUGCUUGCUUAUACGCGUAUACGUUAACACGUGACAUUGGGCGCUAUAAGAAAUGUGCCAGCCAUGUAUUAUCAACUUCGUUUAGAGGUUAGGUGCUCCCUUUAUGAAUUGACCAUGCUGUACAUGGAUAACAGUGCAACAGCGGUGGUUUAUCAAGCCGCUUACUAGAAUUCUAUGUGCCAUUUCACACACAUACCGAAAAAACAAUGUUAUCGGUUCACACCUAACUGCACGUGCACAAUGCCACCAUCGGUGGACUCUUGAGGCCCGUGUUUGCUCACUGUAGCUCGCAACGCCCGAUAUUUUUGUUAAAGCCUCGCUGUGUGUUGUUUCUGGGUAUAAUUUUGCUUUAUUUUUUUAAUCACUUGGACAGGCGUUUUCUUGCCAAAUUGUGUCUCGUGUCACCAUGUGCUCAAGUGCCAACAACACUGACGAGAAAGACAAAAGAAAAGAGCAGAGAUAAUCGCGUAGUAUGUAAACAUACUGUUUGUUGGGGACAGGCAGACGUUGUGCUUCAGAGGUACGCAGCUUCGGAAGCUUCUUUUAUUUGGAAAAGCGUAUCCGGGUGGACGGAACUGAAGGAUUGCAGCGAAUGCCAUUACAAACUCUUUUUGAAUGUAUACAAAUCGUUGCCUUUACUGGCCCUCUGUUAUGUGUUCCUGCGUGAAGCUACGGUUUUAGCUUUUAGCUACGCGUUUGUUGUCCAAGGAAGGAAAAACAAAACGUGCAAUGAAAGCCUCGCUUGGCUGUCCAACUGGAGUGUUCGUACCCUUUCUUCAAGACUGAAUAUGACUGCCACUUCUUCUGUUCGAAAAGUUAAUAAAACACGAUCGACGACGACUAGUUGGGGGCAGAGAAAAGUCACCGGAAAGGGAAAUUUAGAAGAAUCUCUUGUCGGAUAUGCGAACCCAGGAAAGGUGCUAGAACUAUACAUACGUACAAGGUCCACAGAGUUCUACCACCUGCGACAGCUCACAGGUGUACCGAACCCUGUUGCGGGUAGCAUUAAUAUACCAAUCUUUGAUUGCAAUUUUAGGGUAAACUCGACACUUCUCUGAACAGAAGUGAGUGUUCGUUGUUCCCACAUUUAUCUCCUUGUUUAACUUCCGACUCUGGCCACAAUAGCCGAAUUUAAUCUUGAUAGUUAGGCUAAACCUGAAGUGUUUUCCAGUUUGUUAGCUUUUUCUUUUUCCGGGUGCCUCAGACACCAGUAAAUUAAUGACUCGACCAUAUUACCUUUAAGAAUGUCAGCACUGUAAGACGACCAAUGUGUCGUAAAUCGAAGGCGGAGUUCAAGCAGUAACCUGCUGUGAAUUUAUUCGACUGGCUACUUUUAGGUGAUCAAUUGCCUCAUAGUUAGACAGAAGCACCUGAUGAAAGUGCACCUAGCAAGCAAUGUUGACUACGCUUAUUUUGCCUAUUUUUUUGUACCGUGUUCUCAACAACUGAUAUACUCAAUGAGUCAGUGAAAGAUAGUUACAAUGAAGUUUGCUGCUUAUAUAACAACUACUUGUACCAGGCCUUAGGCCGCAAUUUCUUUUUCAUGUAUUUGUUUUUGCUUACUUUUGACACUUAUAGUGGAAACAUCUCGCCGUUAUCAAGUUUCCCAGAAAAUUACGAGAAAGAAAUUCCAAGCUUAAGGUCAGAGUGCACGCUACAAUAUACUCGGCACUGUCCUUGAUCUAUGUCUUAAUUCUCAUAUUUUGUUUGCUGCAAUAUUAUUGCCAGUUGCCUUGGACAUUUCUGUGUGUAUGUGCUUAUUUGUGCUCUACAUAGAUGUGUGUCAUGAAUUAGCCAUCCAAGAACUGCACCUGUGAGAUAUGAUUGUCCCAGCAUUGAUGGCCACACAAAGAUAUUGUGUUAUCAGCUUCUGCAGUUACUGGACAGUGGUCUGAAUGCUCAUUUCUUUCCUUAUUUCGCUUGUCCCUAAUAUCACGUUGUCGCUCACUUUCUUUUUUUAAAUAUCUGUAUCCGUCUUUCCUUCUCUUUAUUUUUUUUUUGAUCUGGUACACGCAUCUCUUCAAACGCGACAGAAAACGUGACUUAUUCGUGUCACCUUUGUUCACUUUCAAUUUGCCCGUGUGAUAUAACUUUUAUGAACUAUUUUAGCAGCCGCAUUACACCGAACGACCCGAAGUUGCUGGAAGAAGAGAUUCGGAAAAGUUCUGGUCUCAUCACAUUCGCACGUUGAUUUGCACCCUUAUGAGGGACGCAGUGUGGGCGAUCGCACUGCCAUUCAGGCACCUAUGCCAUAACUUGGCCUGACUGUCGCCACCAAGGUUGCGGAGUGGGGUCGUCAAUCACCGUCUCAUUCCAAGGAAUAAAUUACGGACGCAAUGGAAUCCCUCCAGUUGCCCUGUAGCUGAAAGUCCGAAGUAAAGUAAAGAAGCGCCUAUGGAAAUAAAGCCGCUCUAUUACGAUUCCAGUCCAAGUAAAAUAGGCUCACUUGCACUCCUGAUGAAUAGGACACCAUUACAGAUUCAUUUCGUUCCGUUCUUGUAAACAAACGGAAAUGACUCUAGAAUCACGUCAAUUCGAGAAAGACAACUACUCCGCAACUCCGCUCGCCACACUUUACCGCUUAACGAAGGUCGUAAGUUUACGGAGGUCGUAGGUUUAAUACAUUUGCGGAAGUCGAAGUCGCGCUGCGUCGACAUCACUCGUAAUGAAGUAAUUGUCGAAGGGCAUUCUUCCAGAAGGCAUUAAGUCGAAAUGACUUUUGUGAUACUUCUCAGCGUCCCGGGAUGAUGAAGGCCGCAAAACAAAUAUUCCCGACAUUAAUGUUGAAGGCCAGUUGUCCCACGUGAUUUUUUUACUCCUCUAAUUUUCAUUACUUCUUGUGCUCCCCACUUACAUGUAUACUCGACGCUAGGUUGAAGCUAUAAAGAGCGUUAUAGAUAAGUGUUAUAAAUAAGCGUUAUAAAUAAGCGUUGCCAUUUGUAUGAGGCUAUAUAUGUUGCCACGCGCUUGCCAAAGCCACUCUACACACAUAGUACAUCGCGUACUAAAGUUGAUAGCACACGUUUUUUUUUUUUUUUAGCUAUUCACAUUAUUUCCUAAUGCCGCUAAUUAUGGAGAACAAACAGGUGGCCGGACCAUAAUAAAGCAGCCCCUUUAUCAGCGUCCUACGAUGCGUAACGUUAGAUAAAGACUAACGUCUACCUUAAAUUUACUGAGAUUUUUUAACGGGACUUAAGCAUGCCGAUUCUUUGCAUUUUCGAUGCACUAUACCAAUAAAUGCUAAGUCAUGGGAACCUCCCUCUGCAGCGCGUAUAGCACGCUCAACGCACCAUUUAAAGUAUGCGAGCGGUUGUGUGUGGCAUUCCACACGAUUCCGUGAUUCCGAAGCUGACGAGACGAUGAUAAAUAUAGAUAUUACCUCAAAUAGCUAGGCGCAAAAAAUAAAGCCGACCUUAUCCUAGGUGGACGACGUAGAUAAACCUAAGUAAACACAAGAGUAACACAUAAGGUAACGCAGGGAGGGCACCAAUGGACUCCUCCUUACGAUCACUACGUUUGGGCUCCACUCCUUGAAAGCUCUUUUGAGGGCCUAGGCUUUAUUAAAGUGGUAAUGAUGGCUACGCGUGAAGCAUAUGUGUGAAACACAGCCACCACUAACACCUUAAAAAUGCGUUUCCGGCAAAACAGUAGCAGGUUAUACGGGCCCGAGGUUAAACUGAGGAGACGAUUGGUCUCGAAGAACACACACAGCGCCAAAGGCGGCAACAUUUCACACUGAGGGAACCGAAAGUAUAGGAUACAGCAGAUAAGUUCCACGGACUUUGUGUUCCUGUGUUUCUGAGUUGACUUUCAGCUUUACUGUGGCGUCAAGUUAUCUUUUUUUUUUUCGUAUCUGUGACCUUUGUUAUUUGUGAAAAUAAUGAGUAGCCGGCGCUAGUUAAAGGUGCCAACAGCUCCUAAGCAUUCGAUAAUAAUAAUAAUAAUAAUAAUAAUAAUAAUAAUAAUAAUAAUAAUAAUAAUAAUAAUAAUAAUAAUAAUAAUAAUAAUAAUAAUAAUAAUAAUAAUAAUGAUGAUGAUGAUGAUGAUGAUGAUGAUGAUGAUGAUGAUGAUGAUGAUGAUCCACAGUAAUCGGAAAGGUGGGGGAAGAUAUAUAUGAAAGAGGAUAUUCUACUCUCACGAACCGAAAUCAGCUGCGAAAACAAACCACGAAAUUGGAGCUCGUGGCCACAACAGCCAGCAAAGCUUGUACCCGAAAGCGUUCUAUAACAGUACAAAUAAAACAACCUCUGUGAUACGCCCAUUUCGACAAAUCAACAAAAAUAAUUCUCCUUUCGCGGCGUAAACUAGUUUUCCACAAGCAAAAGUGUGCUCUUUCUUCGCGCCAGUCGUUUCCUCUGUGGUCUGUAUAUACAACACACUUUCGCUGCUUGUCAUCAUUGAAACUGUGUGUGAUAAAAAAGAAUGCUUUAUUUUGUGAGUGCCAAAACGAGAGUGCCAUGUUUUGCAUUUUAAGCAUGCAUUUAUAUAAGCAUCCAAACGAUUGUGUCAUGUAUGCCCUUUGUGAACAGGGUACUUGCCAUAUAUGGUGUGCCAUUUAACAGUGCCAUGCUUCGUCUACGCUAUGCAUACGCGUAGUGCGCGGUAAUGUUUUCGUGAAGGCGAAUAAACAAGCUUACUAUCUGUG